AUGAUUGAUUAGGCCAUUUAAUUUUAUUAUUUUAUGGAACAACCUAUUUCAUUUCUUGAAAUCUUAAACUAACCUCUAUUAGAUAGCUAGUCUAAAUUGAAUUACUUUAAAAUGAAAUAUGCUCAUCAAUCAAAUAAAUUUAAUUAGCUAAGAAUUUCUACAGAAUAAAAUAUAAUAUCCGACAGCCUAAUGAUUAACUUCAAUAUUUAAAGUCCUAAUUUUAAGGUCCAAUAAAAGUUUGAUUACAAUCAUAAUAAACUAACUAUUCAUUCUCAAAUCAUAACAUAACACGCUACUCCUAAAUCAUCAAGAUCAAAUAGUCCUCUAAAAAGAGUUUAUUUAAGUUCUAGUUUAGUAGCUCGCAGACAACUUAAUGGUUAUGUAAAAAACAAUAAAUCACCUGAUCCUUAUGAUAUUAAUCAUUAUCCUUAUGAUAUUCAUCAAUAGAUGACUAAAAAAGUGAAAAAAAAGAAAAUUGAUACUUCUGAUCUCAUCUCGAAAACAACAUAUCAUUUAUCAAAAUAUGGUAUUUGA